GCCCACACAAGAGCCAUGCAGUCCAAGCGGGAGUGUGAGCUGUGGUGUGAGAGGGUGAAUCCGGAGAACAAGGCGGCGCUGGAGGCGUGGGUCAGGGAGACGGGCAUCUGUCUGGUGCAAGUGAACGGGCAGAGGAAGUAUGGCGGGCCACCCCCAGGCUGGGUAGGCAGCCCACCGCCGCCCGGGUCGGAAGUGUUUAUCGGUAGGCUGCCCCAGGACGUGUACGAGCACCAGCUGAUCCCACUGUUCCAGCGCGUGGGCCGUCUCUACGAGUUCCGCCUGAUGAUGACUUUUAGCGGCCUGAACCGCGGCUUCGCCUAUGCCCGCUACAGCUCGCGGCGCGGGGCCCAGGCCGCCAUCGCCGCGCUGCACAACCACCCGCUGCGGCCCUCCUGCCCGCUGCUCGUGUGCCUCAGCACCGAGAAAUGCGAGCUGAGUGUAGACGGGCUGCCACCGGCUCUGACCCGCCGCGCGCUGCUGCUCGCGCUGCAGCCGCUGGGCCCGGGCCUUCAGGAGGCGCUGCUACUGCCCAGCCCCGGGUCGGAACCCACGCAAAUGGCACUGCUCAAGUUCAGCUCUCACCGUGCCGCAGCCAUGGCCAAAAAGGCCCUGAUGGAAGGGCAGUCGCGCCUCUGUGGAGAGCAGGUGGCUGUGGAGUGGCUCAAGCCAGACCUGAAGCAGCGACUCCGCCAGCAGCAGGUUGUGGGGCCCUCCCCAAGGGGCCUACAGCCAGAGGGUAGCCACUUGGUGCUGGCUAGGGACAAGCUAGAGUCCCAAGGGGCUCGAGCUGCCCUGCAGCUGCUGUGUCAGCAGAUGAAGCUAGGCAGCCCAGUGUUCCUCACCAAGUGCUUGGGCACAGGCCCCGCUGGCUGGCACCACUUCUGGUACCAGGUGGUGAUCCCUGGGCAUCCAGUGCCCUUCAGUGGCCUCAUCUGGGUUGUGCUGACCAUGGAUGGGCAGGAUGGGCAUGAGGUGGCCAAGGAUGCUGUGUCUGCACGGCUCCUGGAGACACUGAGCGAGUCUGGGGCCAGCCUCCUGUGGUCUGCUGGAGCUGAGGCAGGUACCCUGGUUAAGCAGUAA